GAUAAAUGAUCCUGUUCGUGUCAUCUCCAAAGGAAUGCGGUUUGAAAUGCAUAUAAGUUAAAUCUAUGACAUUUGAAUAUACAGUUAAUUGGUUUGUCAAUUAAGUAUUUAAAUGCAUAAUUAUUAUCGUCCCACAACCCGGUGAUAUGAAUCACAUCUGUCAUAUAAAGAUUUCUAUCAAUGUCUCAAUCAAAUUCAACGGAUAAUUCUAAUUCUCAUAAUAAUAAUAAUACAAUAAAUCAAAACUUAGAAAAUCAUGAACAAUUAAUUCAUUCUAGAUUAGGCAGUAUUGUACCAGAAUGUGAUACAGUAAAAACUGCAUAUGAUUUAUGCUUUCAAGAAUUUUUUCCAAAUUUUCUAAAAGGUUAUACUUUCGAGAAAGAUCCAUGUGAAAAAAAAUUGAAAAUUUAUCAAAAUUGUUUAAGGGAAGCAUUGAAAACUACAUUUAAUAUGGAUUUGAAUGAAUUAGAUUCAAUAAGAACUGAUGCAGAAACAAUUAGAAAGAUAACAAUGAUUAGAUUGGUUCGAAUUCCAAUGUUGUCUGUGUUACAAAUCAUAGGCAAUUUAAUGUUUAUAAAUGUUAUAAUUCUCUCUUAUGAUUGUAACCGAACUAUUCCUAUUGCUUAGUAAGUAGUCUUGGACACCAAAAUUAUUCGACAAAUUCUCAAAUCAGAACACGGUUGAACAGGAAGAGAGAUUAUAUUCUAAUCAACAAGGUUAGAUGGAAGUAAGAAGUAAGUAAGUAAGUAAGUAAGUGCAAUAGGGAAAACGUUAGUAUAUUUAUAAUUUUUCACA